CCGCUCGUCGUUUGGGACCCCAUGACGGGCCGCCGGAGGGAGCUGGACCAGCCCAGCCAGGUCGGCAGCAGCUUUGAGCUGGACCAGCCCAGCCAGGUCGGCAGCAGCUUUGAGCUGGACCAGCCCAGCCAGGUCGGCAGCAGCUACGGGGCAGCGGUGCUCUGCGCGGUGGCCGGCUGUGACCACCGUGCGUGCCACGCAGGCCCCUUCCAGGUGGCCUACAUCGGUAUUGAUGCGAUUGAAGAAGAUGGCGGAUGUUUUGUGAGCGCAUGCGUGUCCUUGCCGAUGACGGCUGAUUGGAGCAAGCCGUGCUCUCAUUCUCGUCUUGAUAAGUGGGGCGAGCCGUGCUCUGCUCUUCAUGUUGGUGGGUACACUCCAUCCUGGGACGAAAUGGCACCUGUCUUUGUCGAAGGCGCACUUUACGUCAAUCUCGUGUACUAUCAGGAAGAUUAUCACAUUGUAAUUCUCAAGUAUGACCUGGUAUCUAACUGCUUAUCGCUGAUUGAUCCACCGUUGGCUGGGCCUUUCAAUCUCAAUGCCGCUAGCCUCAUGGCGAUGGAUGAUAACAGUUUGGGGUUUGCACAUGUGGAUAAGGUAACCCUCCAAUUGUGGUCAAGGCAGACGGGUUCCGACGGCAUUGCCUCAUGGACUCAGCGUUCUGUCAUCAAUCUUAAUAACCAUCUCCCCAUUCAAAAUCCCAAUGAAAGACUUAGACUGAUUGGAUCUGUGGAGGGCAGUGAUACCAUUUUCGUGACCAUGGGCCUUGACAUCUAUGAGCUUAAUCUCAAGACAUUUCGGUGGAAGAAGCUGCAGAAGAGAGAAAAGCUUCGUGGUUUGAUUCCAUACAUGAGUUUCUACCAUCCACAAGAAAGAGUGAUCCCCGGUGAUGCGGCGCAAUGACAAUAUAUGGUUGAGUAUGCUUGGGGUUUCAAGGCUGUUGCAGAUGCUCCUGGAAGAAUUCCUCUCUGAAACCUGAUGUAGGUGAGCAAUCAGCAUUUGCAGAGAGCAGGAUGAUCAUAGGAUCAACAUCAUUAUCAUGGCAAGUUGUGCUGCUGUCAGAUCUCCUCUUCAGGCAGGAGCAAAAGCUCUUCUCUUUCCAACUGAGGUUGCAAAAUUAGUCCGGAUUCAGCAGGCAAUGCUCCUAACAGAUAACUAUCUAUUUUACCCCCCUCUGCUUACUGUACUAGAUAACUUCAGCUCACAGGGCUAUGCAAUGCCCAAUGUUGCUCAGGCUGAGCAACUUUGUUCAUUGGGACUUGAAAGUCCUAGAUGUAAAAUACUUUGGAGCAAGAAAUGGCGCCCUAGCUCCUCCUUAUGUUCAAAUGAAUAAAUAAAUUAUUUUUUGUCAGA